CUCAUGCAUAACCUUAACCUAAGAAUAUUUAGGUAGUGCUUAUAAGAGCGGAAAACGUUCAAAGCUUAGCUUGAACUGCUUUUGAUAAGCUUCAUAUUAGCUAAUUUACCAUGAAAAAUCACACACUUUUACAUUUCUUUGUUGUAGAGGGUUACCUUUGGGAUUGGUUAACUGCUGCAGCAGGCAUCGUCAUUAACCUGAUAGUUCCAGCGCAUGCGCUAAAGCCGUUAGACCGAUAUUAUAGCUCCACGGAUCCGACAUUGUCGUACCCCGUUAAGGGCUCCUCCGUACCCUCUUCCGCGCUAUAUGUCCUGGUGUUCGUGCUUCCGGCGGUGGUGUUCGCAAUGACGGCUGCCAUCAGGCGGUCAGGUGGACUUGUGGAUUGGCACCACGCGGCUUUGAGCAUUGCCGAGGGUUUUGCACUCGCUACCGGAUUCAAGCGGUGGACUAAUCUAGUGGGGGUGUUGCGACCCAGCUGGCUGGGCACCGUCCAGAAGGGUGUGGUGGGUGACGUGGAGGAUGCCCGUCUGUCGUACCCCAGCGGCCACUCGGCGUACAUGUUCUUCUCCAUGACCGUACUUUCGUUGUACCUGCUGGGGAAGCUGCAGCUGCUGAGCCGACCCAGCCAGCUCUUGUUUCUCAAGUCCGUACUGGCAUUAGCCCCACUGGCACUGGCACUGUUCGUGGCGGUUAGCCGGAUCGCCGACUAUAAACACUCCCCCGCAGAUGUGAACGCCGGGUGUUUCAUCGGCAUGUUGUGUGGCGGCUUCGCCUACUUCCUCAACUACCCUUCCUUGUUCAGCCCGGACAGCGCAGAGCCCAGACGGCGAGGAGUGGGGCGAGAAGAUCGGGGUAGUGGGAAGUCGGACGAAGCCGGUACACUGUACGGCACACAUAACUUCUACAAAUACGCGCUAAGCGCGACCGCCAGCAUCUCGAGAGGCCUUUUCAGCGGCCAGCUACUACACUGCCACGCCACCGGCCGCAGCAUUCAGCACCAUAGCGGCCUUUUGCUGCUGAUGCCUACGGCAGUGUGUGCAAGAAAGCGUUCAUAUGUUAUAGCCUUAGAGGUUAAUAAUAACCAGCCGUCGCUGUACCCUGCAAUACACCGCCGCGUACAUUAG